CAGCCUCCAGGCGGCAGCAGGAGCCUCGGAGCGGGUUAAUACAGAGUGAGACUUCCAGUGGUUGUCGGUGUCCUUACGGCUGCCAGGCCUUUCUACGGACUGCAAAGAAAAAACACACCUGGAUUUUUGUUGAGUCGUUCACAAAAAUGCCCACGAUAAAGCUACAGAGCUCUGAUGGGGAAAUCUUCGAGGUAGACGUCGAAAUAGCUAAACAGUCUGUCACCAUCAAGACCAUGUUAGAAGAUUUGGGAAUGGAUGAUGAAGGAGAUGAUGACCCAGUUCCCCUCCCUAACGUGAAUGCUGCUAUCCUUAAAAAGGUGAUUCAGUGGUGCACUCAUCACAAGGACGACCCUCCUCCUCCUGAGGACGACGAGAACAAGGAGAAGAGGACGGACGACAUUCCUGUUUGGGACCAGGAGUUCCUCAAAGUAGACCAGGGCACCCUGUUUGAGCUCAUUCUGGCCGCCAACUAUUUGGACAUCAAAGGCCUGUUAGACGUCACCUGCAAGACAGUGGCCAACAUGAUUAAAGGCAAAACCCCGGAGGAGAUCAGGAAGACUUUCAACAUCAAAAAUGAUUUUACAGAGGAAGAGGAAGCCCAGGUACGCAAAGAGAACCAGUGGUGUGAAGAGAAGUAAAGGGGCGGGUCCUGCUGACCACACUGACAAGGGUUGUCCUCGCUGACUGGUUGCACUGGCGUUUGUUCAUACUUGUUAAUAUUUACUUUUAGUAUAUAUUUCCUGUCGCCCACUAGUUCCCCCGAUUCCCGUGUACCAAUAAACGCAUGACCAUUUAAACCUACCUGUGAUGUCGUUAAUUUAAAGCUUGUUACUGUUUUCACACUCACUAUGUUGCGUACCAACAUCUUAUACAGUUUCAUGUCUUUGUACCACCCAGAAAAAUCUAAUUGUCCUCCUGGAUGUCCCCAGUUUAAUAGGUUCUUUUUUUACUGGAGAUGUUUUUCUUUUAGUUUCAUUGAAUUAAAUAAAACGACUUUGGGAAAAAUGAGGGUGAAUGUUGUUAUUGCUCUGUAAAUGUAUGUUUUGUGAAAUUGUGUAGGAAAAGUGAAGUUAAUCUUCCGUUACGCAGAAUUACUUAAAUUCCUGUAUGGCUUUGACAAGUUUUUUUGGGGGAGGGAGGGGCGAUGAUUAAACACAAUGGAGUAAAUAAAACCUAAGAAACGGA